AACAUGAAACCCAAAGAUUAGGGAGCGAGGAACAAAAUUACACGCACAAAUUUUUUCAUUUUUCCAUUUGCGCGCGAAGGCAAGGAUUUUCUUCCGCGGCAAAAGCACGAGAUGCAGCUUAUGAUGCUAUUUGCACCACAGCCGCGCGCAAUCUUCCACAAACCUCCAUUCUUUUUUCAGUUUUCUUUCAAUUUAAAUGAAAAUUACUCAAACCCUAUUUAUCUAAUUUAUCCACAAUCGAUUAGAAGCAAAUUCGCAAGAAAAACGGACUCAGAAUCGAUUAAUUGUUCAGUAACUACGAGUUCCGAGCAUAUAAAUUCUGAAGGCAAGGAGUUUUCGGUUGAUGUAUACAAUGAAAUGCUAUGCGAAAUGUGCGAAGAAGGAGAAGUGGACGAUGCCAUGGCUUUGCUAUCUCAAAUGGAGGCGUUGGGGGUUCGCCCCUAUUCGAUUUCUUAUUCUUAUUUGAUAACACGUCUUGCAGAUGCUGGAAGAACACUGGAAGCCGAUGCGAUUUUACAAGAGAUGUUGAUUUCAGGGUGCAAGCCGAAGAUUAGGUUGCUCAAUGCCAUGCUCACCAGCUGUUUGAAGAAAGGCCUGUUAGAGUUGUCUGAAAAGGUUUUAAUAGCUAUUGACGAUUUGGGUUUGCAUAGAAACCGCAAGACGUUCGAGAUUCUAAUCGAUUACCAUGUUAGCUCGGGUCGGUUGAACGAUACUUGGCUUGUGAUAGCUGAGAUGAAGAGAAAAGGCUAUUACCCGAAUUCUUAUGUGUAUAGUAAGAUUAUCGAAAUUUAUAGGGAUAAUGGGAUGUGGAAGAAGGCAAUGGCGGUUAUGGGAGAGAUUAGAGAAAUGGGGUUGGCUAUGGAUAGGAGAAUAUAUAGUAGCAUCAUCGAUACUUUUGCGAGAUACGGGGAAUUAGGAGAAGCUUUGGAGUUGUUCGAGAAAAUGCAAAAAGAUGGUAUAAAACCUGAUAUUAAUACAUGGAAUUCUUUGAUCCGGUGGCAUUGUAAAUACGGGGAUAGUGGCGGCGCUCUCGGUUUGUUUGGUAGGAUGCAGGAAGAAGGAAUUUAUCCAGAUCCGAAGAUUUUCGUGACUAUCAUUUCAACCUUGGGGGAGCAGGGGAAGUGGGAUGUUAUAAGGAAGAAUUUCGAGAAUAUGAAAGUUCGAGGGCAACAAAAGAGUGGUGCCAUUUAUGCUGUUUUAGUCGAUAUUUAUGGUCAGUAUGGGAAAUUCCAAAAUGCCGAGGAUUGUGUAAUGGCUCUGAAAUCGGAAGGUGUUGAGCUAUCACGUAGCGUGUUCUGUGUUUUGGCAGAUGCUUAUGCUCAGCAGGGAUUGUGUGAACAAGUUGUUAAAGUGCUGCAGCUCAUGGAAGCAGAAGGAAUGGAAAUGAACCUAAUAAUGCUGAAUGUUUUGAUUAAUGCUUUUGCCAUUGCUGGACGCGAUACGGAAGCAUUAUCAGUCUAUCACCACAUACUCGAGAGUGGUAUUAGUCCAGAUGUGGUUACUUACAGUACGCUAAUGAAGGCUUUUCUCUGGGCCAAGAAAUUCGAUCAGGUCCCUAAAAUAUAUAGUGAAAUGGAAGCUUCUGGAUGUUCACCUGAUAGAAAAGCACGCGAAAUGCUGAAGUCUGCUUUGAUCGCUCUCGAACAAAGGCAUUGAAUAUUCUUGUUGAUGCAGUGGAAUCUUGCUACUCGUCUGCCAAGUCUACAAAUCGAACAAAGGCUAUAGACAAGUAAGAUAUCCGUUGUCCUUUCCCAUUAUGUAAAUAGAACCAUUAAACUGCAUAUAAAAUGUAGCUGUUUUAUUGUAUUGAAUAGUAAGAUUCAAAUUACUAAACCGAUUAGUCUCUCAGUUAAAAAAGCCAAUUUACGAGAAAUCUCAACAAAAAAUAUAAAGGAAAAUAAAAUAGAAAAUCAACUAGAUGUCCACAUAGCUCAAUCUUAUCUUAUCUAAUGUUCCCAAAGA